GAGUCAUUCCUGUUGCAGAGGUCUACCUGGACAGCAUGCAAAGCGGCAGUGGUCACGUAGGCAUUGAAGAACGGGACUUCAGGCACACCCAGGACCCCUACAUAAACCCACCUAUUCCCUUCACGGGGAGGAUCGAAGGGGGUCUCCAGGAUGGACACAAGGUCACCGUCAUGGGGCGUGUUCUUUCCACAGACGAAAACAGGUUUGAAGUGAACUUUCAGAUGGGCAUCAAUGACACGAACAACAUUGCCUUCCACUUCAACCCUCGUUUUGAAGGAAGCGGUGGGUGUGUGGUCUGUAACACGAUGCAGCUAGGAAACUGGGGGCCAGAGGAGAGGAAGAUACAGAUGCCCUUCCAGAAGAGGAGUCCAUUUGAGAUCUGCUUCGAGGUAGACAGCUCUGCAUUCAAGGUGACAGUGAACAGGAGCAUCUUCCAGGAUUAUGCACACCGUGUGCCCUUCGACCAAGUCAACGCCAUCUCCAUCAGCGGCUGCGUGCAUGUGUCCUACAUCACCUUCCAGUGAGGAGGCCCUGUGCUUCUAGAAGAACUUGGAAUCAAAGUGAAUCCAGCUCAGAUCCCCGGCUCUGCCAUUUUCAUCGGCUGGGGAAUCUUAGACGAGCGACUUCACCUCUCCCAGCCUUAGUCUCUUCACCUGUGGAGUGAGCAUGACCAGCCGCCCCACAGGUUAUUGUAUAUGUAAAUCCCUACCAUGUUGAAGAUGUUCACUGUAUAUUGCUUACACGGUCAUAGAACCCAGAAGCUUGAUGAUAUGGCUCCUGUUUACAUCACCACCAACCAAUCAGAAGACAUCCUUGAGCUGAUCACACACCCCUCACCCUCUCCCUCACCCUGUGUUUAAGACCAUUUCCCUGAAAAUCAUCACUGAAUUUGGGGUUUUUAAGCUGCCUGGGCUUCUUGCCUGGAACCUGCAAUAAAUGCUGCGCUUUCCUUCAUUAUAA